AUGGGUGGCCAUCAGAGCUCCCUGGAAGGCACACCCGCGCCUGAUGUUCUUCCCGAAAUUGACGUCGGUGAGUCUGCCUUUCUGCAUCCUAAAUUCUACAGUCGGGACCUACAAAAGCGCAAGAGGUAUUAUUUGCCACAAUUCAGUGCGGUUUAAUGUUCGCACAGUGUAUACGACUGCUUCGAAUUUGUUUGGAGUCCCGUGUCUGGCAGGUACCUACGGUGCUUGAAUGUGUCAGUCAAGGAUACACAUCAUUUCGUUUUCGCCUUCUGUUGGUAGCUAGCUGGGCCGAGUGACGCCCACUCAGUGUAUCUCCUUCGAAGUGCCUGUGUUCUCAGACUCGCAGACUUUCUCACGCAUGUGAGAGAUUCGCCGUUCGACCCCCGUUGUGUGAAAUCCUGGUGUAUGUGUGUCUGGGGGGCCAGGUCGUGCACAUGGUGCACGCAGACAUGGUCACUCGACCAUGUCAGCCACCGCGCUCAUUCCCCGCUCCAGUACGCUGACCGACUCGGACAGUGACGAGCCUGGUAAUGGGAAGGGAGAGUAAAGUCCACGGCGCACUUUUCUCACUAUAAGUAAUUUGACGCGCUUGAAGCUAUCACGGUGCGCUAAAAGCCAUGGCUUGGAAGGUUGCUAACUUACGGGAUAAAUUUGGCCUUGCAGUCGGUCCAGUAUUGUUAUUGUUGCGUCUAAGAGUCAGACAGCGAUGGCUCCAUCUGAAUGUGGCCUUUAUGGCACUCCUACCGCGUGGGGUUCGAGCCAGGCGUGGCGACACGCCUAGGUGCGGCUCCGGUCGUGCCAGCCACCCUUUUGUUGUUGGUUAUGAUUUGUGAUUUGUGCAGCUGUGUGGACUAGGGGGUGUGAGGCGGAGCGUCAAAGUGCGGGCCCGACCGUGCCAUCCACCUGCGCCCUCAUCCGCUCCUGAUCUUCUUGGCUCUGUCUUCACGCCGGGUCCAGGUAGGGGAGGAUAGGAGGGUGCGAUAGAUGCUGUACAAGUCUGCAUUCACAAUAAACAAAAUUACGCAGAAGUCAUUGUUCCUGCUCCCACCCUGCUGUGUGGAGCACACGGUGGACAUCGUGGACAACGACGACCGAGCUGUCAUUCUUAGACUGGUAAAAGGUAAUUCUGGAACAGCGUGGGGAAUGAAGAAGAAGAUAGGCUCUCCGGAACAGGUUUAUUUAAAUGCUGACCUUUCAAAGAGCUUGGUCGGCUCUCCAUUGUCAACGCGUAAAAUGUUCCUACCGUUGUGUGGCUUUGGUUUCUGGUUCCGCUCCUGUUAGUAACUCUGUGGGGAGUUGCUUCCCCGGAAAGUUUGGCCAUUUCAUCAGUCGGGUUGAGAGCGAAUUUAUCUGCCAAAUCGCUUUCCCUCCAUUCCCCUCCAAGUUGACUCCGCCGCUGUGAUAACCGACGCCAAAUUUGGCGUAAUGCCUUAUGAGCGGCAAUCACCAGUGGUCCAUCAUGCGCGACACCGUGGUUACCAAAGCCGACUGAACCACAUUUGCCGACAGAAUUUGUAGCCACGGGUAAACUCAACUGUUCCGGCCGGUUGUCGAUCCCUCUCGGUUUUGGCGGGGAUAAUAUCUUCUGGGUCUGCGGUUUCCGCGGGGACUGAAUUUACUGAAGAGUGAUCAGUGUCACGUCAGCCUCAAUUCGACCGGGGGACGAGAUUUGUCGUAGUGACUAAUUUCAUCUCUGACACUGUCUACGCGUAUCUCAAAAUGUGGUCGCUCUUCCUCUCAAACACCAUAUGCAUCAAACAUUGGAAACCACCCAUCAUGAUUAUUAGUCUAGAGGCCAAAUCUAAGGGCAGUAACUCUCGCCUGGCCACUGACUUCAAGAGCCUUCUCAAUCCCCACAUGACAGCCUUUAAUUCAUGUCUACAUAGGCACCUCAGUUCAGUUGCUCUGGGAGAUGAUAGCAGAGGCUUCGGUCGACCGUGAAUAUAUCACGACCUCCGCACAGCACGGAAACAAACCACAAUAUGAUGAGGAGUAGGCUGUGGCCACCGAAUCUCAUCGACUCUGACGGUCAAUGGUACUUCUGCGGUCUAGUGGAGGGGAAGUGCGCCAUCGCCUGUUUUCCGACGAUCACGUAGGCGCUCAACAGACACAAGGACCGGUAUCUGCCCACAGAAUGUUCAUCUCAUCUGAGCCUUCGUUCAUGCAAUCGGGGAGCGCCAGGAUAUCCUCGUUUGUAUAGCAGGCUUCGUGUGAGUUGAUCAACCAGCAGGUGUGUGUUGUUCGAGAGAUCUCGUUGGUGAGGGAUGGGGUGGGGUUAGAGGAAAUUGAGCUGACCCAACUAUAAUGGAUUCAACACGCAGUUCGGCUGCCACGAUGUGCUAAAAGUCAUUGGCUUCAAGGGUUGCCAACUGAAGGAACGUGCUAGCCCUUUUUCGGACAGGGUCGGACCGCAAUGACCUCUUGCGAUCUUGCCCUCGAAUUCUCGUACAUCGGGCGUGUGGCACGCGUAGAUAGGGCCCCACGUCAGAUCAAUCAUUUCACCGAGCGUCUUUCGUUGCUCCGCGUUACGCGCAGUUUGCCGUUGCAUGGCUUCUCAUCCAUUGAGCGCAACCCUGUCGAUAGUUGCGUCAUUUAUCGGUUCGUCUAUUUGAUUAUUCUGCACUGUCCUUGCGUUAUAUAUGGCUAUUUCCAGCGCAUACCUUCUACUUUCUUAACAUCUCUGGCAGCUCAGUUCAGUCUGUGCCAUCUUCACGCUCCGUUUUCGAUUCUGACUGCCCAUUGCGCUCAGGUAGCGAUUUCCAACGAACUGCUGCCGCGUCUUCUCAUGCAUCCCUGCCAGUCACUCCUCCUGCCCCUGCAUUUGCCGGAUCGACGGUGGAUACUUUUCCGUCAGGUAGCGGCCAACGACGAAGAGAGCUGCGGAAUUCCACCACCAGUCUACCCGGCUCCACCGCACCCUCCGCGGACGCCGCCAAACGUUUCUCUCACUUCUUCCCUCUUCCCUCCACCUCCAAAUCGCGUUUUCGACUGCCCCACCUAGGCGGCAGCAGCAGCAGCAACAAGCUAGGCGUCUCACCAUCGACGCAGCAGGCUACACCGCCCCGCGGCAUUGUCGUAGUGAAUCCCGGUCCGAGGACGGUUGCGGCCUCAUCACUGCCCCGUCUGGACGCCAUCACUGCGGCGGCAGCGGCGGCUGGUUUGACGGAGACCCCAGAGGGCCGAAUCUUCUCGGCCUUCUCCUGCGGCGCUCUGGACGGUGGUGUUAAUUGGGAGGCCAGGGAGCUGACUCGAAUACCGCGCUUUACACCCAUUCUACCGAUCAAGUCGACAAAUUGGAUGAUGGGCGGUGGAAAGACCACGGUUCGGUCGCCCUCUCCGUCCCAGAGUCUCACAGACCCCGCUGAUUUUCAGCCAGUAAGUAGUAUGAGUCGUUGCUGCAGUACUGGUUCGCUUUUCAUCGAACUUCACGCAUUAUCGUGUAGCAUGCUUUUGCUGAAUGCCGCUGUUGUAUUUGCCAUCCCCCUCCCGGGGGGAAGAGGUCGUUGACUACACAAAAGCAGGACAGGCACCCAUAACUAGUGCGACACAAGUGGUGACGUGGUGGUACGCCUACACACCUGCAUUGGGUGGUUGACUGCCUCGCCGUUAUGACCUCGAGGACACCGGUAAUUGUAUCUCACCAUGUGUGACUAUCUGCACCGGCAGAUCUCGACCAACCCUCCCCCAGCGGCGAAGAUCGAAAGUCCAAUGACGACCUCAGUGUCUUAGCGAACCGUGUGGAGCCAGGUUUUAGGUUGAUCUCUUCGACGCCUCCUAUUGGAUGACGCCGAAUCGAGGGCUGUGACAUUAAGCUAAUGCGACGGACGACAAAAAGUGGUGGUGUGUCCUGGUCAUUUCAAGCCGCUUGCUCCCACCGGCUCCAAGUCAUUGAUAGUUCUGUUUGCCUGAUCAAUGAAACAAUUCAUUCUAAAAUAUUCUGCGUUAUAACUUGCGCUUUUUUCCAACUGCAGCUGGCCGAGAUGGUAAAUCGGUACGAGGAGUACUUUCAAAAUUCGGCUGCACCAAUCCUCCAAAAACAGGAAGAGUUAACGUGCCUGCAGCGGAAGGUACGCGCUCUUGUACACCUGCUAGCCGUAUUAAAGGAGCUACUGAUUAUCUAUUAGUAACACAUUUGUUUCACAUUUCGCAGGUAGAGUAUGAAUCACGGAAGGUGUUACAGCUGAUGUACGACCGCCAAAAUGGCAAGGCCUUCAUGUCUCCUACAAAGGCGUCCGCGGAUUUGCCGCAUUGUAAAUCAACCUCCAGUGAGCGACCGCGGGCUGCUGGUAGCCGUCAGCUUGAUUCCAUUUCUGCUGACCUCGCCGACCUGCAUCACCUAGUCACUGCCAGCACCGAACUCCUCCGCAGGCUAACCCUAGAUGUGAGGGCACUUCAGCAGCGCGUUUCCACGCUUUCAGACGCACCCUAUGCUGAAGAAAACACUUCCGUUGUAAACUCCGCUAACAGUCCCGAGUAG